AACUAGUAUAUAAGGGAAGCAUUUGUUUCCGAUUGAGUUAACUUCACGAGCACGCGAGCCCAAUAUAUGAACAGUAAAUUCAAUGAACGAGUAGAUCUGAAGGAGUACAUAUACAUUAUAUGAAUUAAGAACUAAAAUAACACUAUGUCUCUAUCAGAAAUUAAUUCUUACAUCUUGCAAAUCCAAGGAUCACAAAAGUUGAAUAAAGAUGAAAGUGGAUUCACUUUAUUCGACAAAAAACAAGAAUUUUGUCAAAAUGAAACUGAAGCUUUACACACACUGAAAUGUCAUAAGGAUCACUUCAUUUCUUCUUCUCCAAUGGGAAACUAUUGUCAGGCAGCCGCUGUCUCUCCAACCGACAUAGGAUCAGAAACAGCUAAAGAUAUCCUGUCCAAAGGAGGUUCAGCAGUUGAUGCGUGUAUAGCAGCUCUGCUUUGUAACGCAGUAGCAAAUCCCCAAUACAGUGGACUCGGUGGAGGCUUGUUUAUGACCAUAUACAAAAGGAACUCCAAAAAAGUAACGAUCAUAGAUGCAAGAGAGACGGCACCUUCUGGCUCAACUGAACAUAUGUUCAUAAAUUCAGAGAAGAUGAAACCGUCAAUUUUGGGUGGGUUGGCUAUCGCAGUACCUGGUGACGUGAAAGGUAUGUGGGAGGCUCACAAACUAUUUGGAAAACUUCCUUGGGAGGACUUAUUUCAACCUGCAAUUAGUCUUGCAGAGAAGGGUGCUUCUUUCAACGAACAGGCUUCAAAGUGGGCAAAAAUCGUUAACGGUGAACAACCAGAGUCUUACAAUGAAGGUGCUGAAAAUUUCCUGGAUCUCUUUGAGGAACUGAGGUCAAUGGUUACUAAAGAGGGAAGUAACGAGCUGCUUCAAAUAGGAGACACACAAAAGCGUCCUAAACUUGCUGAAACGUUAAAAACUAUUGCAAGGGAAGGUGGAGAUGCUUUUUAUGAAGGCUCUCUAACUGGUACCAUUGUUGACGAAAUAAGGAGCUCUGGAGGUAUUAUAACUGCGGAUGAUUUAAAUAAUUAUAAAGUGAAAGUAAAAGAGGCGUUCACAAUUACCCUUCAAGAUGGAACAGUUCUCGCAGGACCACCUCCUCCAGCAAGUUCUGCAGUUGUGCAAUAUAUUCUAGCUUUGUUGGACGGAUUUGAUUUGGAAUUCAGCACCAUUGAUGAAGAAAUUGAGAGUUAUCACAAAAUAGCGGAGUCUAUUAAAAUGGGCUUUGCUAGAAGAACCUGUCUUGGCGAUUUAGACUGCCAAGUAGACUCUGCACUGAGUGAGCUUGUAGAUCGUAUGAGUGACCCUGACCACAUUGAUUCUAUCAGGUCAAAGCUGUCGGACAGAACAUUCCCUGCGUCCCACUACAGUCCCUAUAGCUUAAAGACAGACGGUGGAACAGCGCAGAUUAGCAUUCUAGCACCCAACGGAGAUGCAGUUUCUUUAAGUUCGUCACUAAAUUUUGGGUAUGGGUCUUUGGUGAAAGGAAAAACAACUGGGAUCAUCUACAACAAUGCAAUGGACGACUUCAGUACACCGGGGGUCACUAACGAAUGGGGACUAUGUGCGUCACCCUACAACUACAUCGUGCCUGGGAAACGAAUGCAAUCGUCAAUGGCGCCAAUUAUAGCGAUAGAUGGCUCUGGCGAUGUAGUGCUGGUCCAAGGCUGUGCUGGAGGUCCUAAAAUCAUACCAUCAUCUGUUAUGGCCGCUUUCCAAGUUUUAAAGCACAAGAAGACAAUUAAAGAGGCGCUUGAUUUCCCAAGAAUCCACCAUCAACUAGAUCCAGAUGUACUUUUAGUUGAGGAAGGAAUAUCUGAAGCUGUCAUAGAGGGCUUAAGGGAGAAAGGUCACGUUUGUGAGAAAGUAAAAGAAAUAGCAUCUGCCGUCCAAGCAAUUCAUAGAAAGGGUGAUAGCAAGAUAACUGCUAAUAGUGAUUAUAGACGGGUCGGAGGUGGCGCUUGCGGAUUUUGACAGGCUAAUUUAAUUAUGCCGGUGUGAAAGAAAUUAUGG